GUCCAACUGACAGCACUGCAGAUUAUUGUUGUCAAAUUCAAAUUAACGGGUAUUUUUAUGGCGUUUUUUGUGUGUUUGUGUUGCUGACAGAAGUUAUAAUGGAAUAUUAAAAAUUUCUGGGGUUCUCUUUCGAUACGAAGAAUUUUCAAACGUUCCUUAACAUUUAAGCCCAAAAUGACUGCAAAGGAAAAUAGAACUAACGAAGAUGAUUCUGAUGAAGAGUUAGCAUUCUCCGAUGAUGAUGCAACAUUCGUUGAUGGUAUCAGGAUACCUCCUCCAACAAAACCAACACUCUCAUUCGAUCCAACUGGACCACGUCUCAUAAUCACCAAAAUAGACAAUAACUUCUUCAAGAGCUAUGCAAAAGGUCAAGUACUUGGGCCAUUCCAUAAGUGUUUCAAUGCCAUAGUAGGCCCUAAUGGAAGUGGUAAAAGCAAUGUCAUCGACUCUUUACUGUUUGUUUUUGGAUAUCGUGCUACAAAAAUUAGAUCAAAAAAAGUAUCUGUUCUACUACACAACUCUGCAAACUAUAGAAAUAUCCAGUCCUGUACUGUUGCUGUGCAUUUUGCACUAAUUAUAGAUAAGGACGGUGAUGCAUAUGAUACUGUGCCAGGUAGUGAAUUUGUUGUUUCUAGAACAGCAAAUAAAGAUAAUUCAUCCUUUUAUCAGUUAAAUGGUAGAAAAGUUCAGUUUAAAGAGGUUGCAGUGCUGUUGAAACAACAUGGCAUUGACUUGGAUCACAACCGGUUCCUGAUUUUGCAGGGUGAGGUAGAACAAAUUGCUAUGAUGAAAUGUAAAGCUGAAAAUGAGAAUGAGUCUGGUAUGUUAGAAUAUUUGGAAGACAUCAUUGGCACAACUCGUUAUAAGAAACCACUUGCCCAAGUUCAUGAAAGAGUGGACAUCCUGUCAGAGAGGAGAAUUGAAAAACUGAACAGGCUCCAAAUGGUGGAAAAAGAAGUACAAGAACUUAAAGGUCCUAUGGAAGAAGCAGUAGGGUUUUUGAAAGUAGAAAAUACUGUUGUGAGCAGCAAGAAUUUCCUUUACCAAAAGGAAAUUUAUGUUUUGAAUAAAAAGCUAACAAAGAUCAAUGAGGACAAAAGUGAGAUUGCUGAAGUUCAGAAAAAAUUCCUAGACACCUUAGCAGACAUAGAGCACAAAAGGAAAGAGAAAGCGAAGGACUUACAUGUAGAAUCAGCGCGAUAUGAAGCUCUUCAAAAAAGGAAAGAAGAACUUAAUGAAGCAUUCAAUAAUGCAAACAAAAAAGACAUUCAGCUACAAGAAAACAUGGUACAGAUGAAUACAAGGCGUAAGAAAACUAAAGAGCUGCUAGCUCAGGAGAAAAAGAAAUUGGAUAAACUAGAAAGGACCCCAGAGGAAACAGAAAAGGGAAUUGCCGAAUGUGAGAAAAAAGAAGCAGAGCUGACGGCUAAAAAGGAAAAGCUGGAUGAAGAAAAAGCAAGAGUUUUAGCUAGCAUAAGAACUGAAACAGAGGCAUUGCAAGAAAAAAAGGAAGAAAUUCAAACAGACUUAGUUGUGUUGAAAAAAACUGUAGAUGAGACAAAAGCAGCGCUCGCAUUAGCAGAGUCGGAACUGAAAAUAUACACAAGCAACGAAGAUGGAGCUAGAACCGAAUACGAAGACGUGAAAACUGUAUAUGAAAACGCUGCCUCUACCAUUGAAGAACGCACCAGACAAGUAAAUACGUUGAAGAAGAAAAUUCCAGCAACUGAAAAGUCGCUUAAAGAUGCUACGGCAGAGUUCAACACUGUUAAAAUGCAGGAGGCAAAACUUCUUGAUGAGAUUAGGAAAAAGAGAUCCUUCUUGGAAGAACGUCGAAGUUCUAUGCAAGCAAGUAGAUCACAGGGACGAGUUUUGGAUGCUUUGAUGCAACAAAAGAGGGAAGGGAAAUGUCCUGGAUUGUAUGGUCGUUUGGGAGACUUGGGAGCAAUUGAUCAAAAGUAUGACAUUGCAAUUUCUACAGCCUGUGGACCAUUGGACAAUAUCGUGGUUGAUACAGUGGAUACAGCACAUUGGUGUAUAGAUUACUUGAAGAAACACGAUAUCGGACGAGUAACAAUCAUCGUGUUAGAAAAACAGGAACAUCUGAGAGCAACUGCGAAUACAAAAAUAAAAACUCCUGAAAAUGUGCAUAGACUGUUCGACCUGGUGAGAGUGAACGACGAAACUAUUCGCACAGCGUUUUAUUAUGCAUUAGGAAACACUCUUGUAGCUGACGAUAUCGAACAAGCCACAAGAAUCGCGUAUGGGGCCCAGCGGUAUCGUGUGGUUACUCUGGGUGGCGGUUUGAUUGAGACAUCUGGUACUAUGAGUGGUGGUGGAAAAACUGUCAGCAAGGGAAGGAUGGGCCAAUCGGUCAAAGUAUCCAACGUGGAUCCGAGAGAGUUGGAACAAUUAGAAGAAAGUCUGCAAGAAAUGGAAAACAGCGUUCGUGAAUUAAGGCAGAAACAUAAUUCUCUCGAAAAUCAGGUCAAUGCUCUACAACCGGAGUUGAGACAAAUGAAAAUUGACUAUGAAAAGUUCACUAUGGAAUUGCAGCAAUUACAACAGCAGCAGCCCCAACUGAAACGUCAACUAAAAGAACUGGAAGACAAAGCAAAUAGUUCUAAAGCAAACCCAGCACAAGUGAGGAAAAUGACUAAAGUGAUAGAGGAGAAAAGAAAAUUGUUUGAGGAAGCUUCUGAAGCUGCAAACGCCUUGCAGACUGAAGUUGAUAAGAUAUCCAAGGAAAUUAAUGAUAAGACACUGGGUAAGAUGAAGAAACUAAAUAGCCAGAUCAAGGAGACCAGUCAAGGCAUUGACAAGUGCAGAAACGAGAUAACUAGGCUGAAGGUUGCUGCAGCUACUGCAGGGAGGGAUGUGAAGAAAACCACUGAAAAAAUAAAAAACAUGGAGCAAGACAUCGAAGAUAUGGAGAACCGUUUGAGAGCAAUGCGGGAUGAAAGAGCCGAGGUGGAAUCAGACGCGGCCAAACUUUUGAAGUGUGUUGAAGAAAUUGCCGAACAAAUCACUGCUAUUGAGAAUGUUUACUCUGAUUUGAAGAAAGUUGUAGCGGAUUUGACGCAGCAGGAGACUAAAAUAAAAUCGGAAAAAGUUGAUGUUGAUCAAAAAGUCCAGGUUCUAAACAAACAGAUCAGUGAAUGUAAAGGGAACAUACAUCAGUUUGAAGUGAAGGUGUCAAAAUUGAGGUUACAAGAAAUUCCAGACGAACCUCGGGAGGAAUUGAAAAAAUAUUCAGAUGAAGAGAUUGAAAAUGAGAAUGUAGAAAAUGUACAGAAGGAACUGGAAAAUGCAGAGAACCACCUGAAAGUUGCCAAACCAAAUCUCAGAGCAAUUGAGGAAUAUUGCAGGAAAAAAGGCGUGUACAUAGAGCGUGCUCGGGAACUAGACGAUAUAAUAAGCAAGAGGGCAGAAAUGAGAAAAUUGUACGAUAAGCUGAGAACUCAGAGGAAAGAUGAGUUCAUCGCGGGUUACAACAUCAUUAAAAUGAAACUGAAGGAGAUGUAUCAAAUGAUCACUUUAGGAGGUGACGCCGAUUUUGAGAUGGUUGAUACAUACGAUCCUUUCACUGAGGGCAUUCAAUUCAAUGUAAGACCGCCUAAGAAAUCUUGGAAGAAAAUCUGUAACCUUUCUGGUGGAGAGAAAACGUUAUCAUCCUUGGCACUUGUAUUUGCCUUGCAUUACUACAAACCAUCUCCUUUGUAUGUUAUGGACGAAAUAGAUGCCGCCUUAGAUUUCAAAAACGUAUCUAUUGUUGCACAUUACAUCAAGGAUCGAACGAAAAACGCCCAAUUCAUCAUAAUCUCCCUGAGAUCAAACAUGUUCGAGCUAUGUGACAACCUGAUAGGCAUAUACAAAACGUUCAACUGCACCAAAACCAUCACCAUAGACCCUAGGGGGUACGACACGGACAGACCCCGGCAGAUGCAAAGUCUCGAGGACGAUACAAUGGUUACUGACAUGACUAUUGCGACUCGAAACAGUCAACAGACAGCUAACGAACUAAGGGCUACACAAGGAAGUCAACAGGCAGAGGCAGCAGAACCUGAACCGAGGAAGUCUUCAGAGGAAAAGGAAGGAGAUAAGGAAACAGAUGCGCAAAACGAGUCUGUGUCCAGUGAGAUAACUAGCUCAGCAACAACUGAGAAUGCUGAAAAUCCAGCAGUAGUUGAAGAUUCCUUCCAAGAAGAAAUGGAUGUUGAUUAACAGUAAGGAUCUAAACAAAAAAUCGACUUAACAUUAAAUAAUAAGUCAUAUAUUUUAGUUUGAUUCAAUAAAUCUAUUUUGCUACUUUAUCAAGUUA